GUAAUGGAACAGGCUACAAAUAACCAAAGUGAAGGACUUCAAGAUUUAAACAGAACAGAUGUUACCCAUAAACCUUUGUUCGGAAUCGGCACUGAUAACUUUAUUACACUUCUGAUAUUCGGACUCAUUUUUACUCUGGGAGCCGUUGGUAACUCAAUGGUCAUAACGGUCCUAGCUAGAAACAACCCCGGUAAACCUCGCAGUACCACUAACAUUUUUAUCCUGAACCUCAGCAUCGCCGAUCUCUCUUACCUUCUGUUUUGCAUCCCUUUCCAAUCCACAGUCUACAUGCUGCCAACAUGGGUGUUAGGAGCGUUCAUCUGCAAGUUCAUCCACUACUUCUUUACAGUAUCCAUGUUGGUCAGUAUUUUCACACUCUCUGCCAUGUCUGUGGACCGCUACAUCGCUAUUGUGCACUCCAGAAAGGCAUCUUCUAUUAGGGUGGCACGGCAUGCUUUAAUUGGGGUGAUUGCAAUUUGGAUCAUGUCGCUUGCCAUGGCUGCGCCAGUGGCUUACCACCAGAGCAUCGUAAAAAGAGGAGGAAACAGCACAUAUUGUUGGGACGUCUGGCCGGACUUGAAGAGCAAAAAAAUCUAUGUGGUGUGCACAUUUGUGUUUGGCUAUGUGCUGCCGCUGGUUUUGAUCUCUUUCUGUUAUGCUAAGGUUUUAAAUCACUUGCACAAAAAGUUAAGAAACAUGUCUAAGAAAUCAGAGGAGUCCAAAAAGAAGACUGCUCAAACUGUACUGGUGGUGGUCGUAGUUUUCUGCAUCUCUUGGCUGCCACAUCAUGUGGUCUAUCUUUGGGUAGAGUUUGGCUCAUUUCCUCUCAAUCAAGCCUCGUUUGUGUUGAGAAUAGCAGCACACUGCCUCGCCUAUAGUAAUUCCUCUGUCAAUCCUAUUAUAUAUGCAUUCCUGUCCGAGAAUUUCAGAAAGGCUUAUAAACAAGUGUUUAAGUGCCAGAUCAGCAGUACCUCUCCUCUAAAUAAUGUCAAAGAAAUAAGAAAUAAGGUGGAAACCCCCCCUUCCACUAACUGUACCAAUGUGUGACAACAUUCAUGGAGGUUUUUUGUUUUCUGCUUAAUGUCAAAGCCUAUAGAAGAAAAGACUUUUAGGAUAUUUCCAGCAAAACAUUUUCAUUACUAUAUAAAAUGCAGCAUUCUAAACACUGGGGUGAUCUCAAACAAGAAAAUGAAAGGCUUGAUUCAGUUGUUUUUAAGUCUUCAACAACUGAUGGGGUGAGAAGAACAUGCUUAUCAUAGAGACUCCUAAACACAAGAACACAGUUUGAAUUAUUUAAGUGCCAGCAAGACAUUCAUGACAUCAGCUAGUAUCCUGAAUGUUAUUGCAA